GUUGUGAAAGGUUCGAUUUUGCGGGUUCAUGGCGGAUGUAAUGAGUAAGGGGAGCGUCUUCUCACCUCACCGAUGUCGUUCUUCUUCAAUUUCUUCGAAAAGGUCAAAACCCUUAUCUGCCAAUCUAUUCCGCUCAUCGAUUGGGCUUGCCAGAUCUCCUUUUUCAAGUAAAAGUGAUCUGCUUGGGAGAGUGGUCAUCGAGCGACAGAAGGGGAAGGUCGCGAAUAGAGUUCAUCAUGCCGUUCCUGUUAGGAUGGAUCUUCCGAUUGGGAAAGGCAUGAGAUGGUGGGAAAAGGGCUUGCAGCCUAACAUGAAGGAGAUCACUUCAGCUCAGGAUCUCGUAGAUUCCUUGAUACACGCCGGUGACAGACUUGUUAUUGUGGAUUUCUACUCCCCAGGUUGUGGAGGCUGCAAAUCCCUUCAUCCAAAGAUUUGUCAGUUUGCGGAGCAGAACCCCCAUGUUCUUUUUCUACCAGUAAAUUAUGAGAAGCAUAAAUCCAUGUGUUAUAGCUUGAACGUUCAUGUCCUCCCCUUUUUCAGAUUUUACAGGGGAGCUCACGGUCGUCUUUGUAGCUUCAGCUGCACUAAUGCUACUAUUAAGAAAUUUAAGGAUGCAUUGGCCAAGCACGACACAGGCAAGUUUAGCCUUGGGGCAGCCAAAGGGUUGGAGGAGAAGGAGCUAUUGGCUUUAGCUGCAAAUAAGGAUCUAUGUUUCAACCAAACUAAGAAGGAAAAGCCUUCAUCCACUGCUCCUGAAGUCAUGGAGCAAAUUCCUGCAAUAUUAUAGCUUUCUCUUUCAUCUUUUCUAAUAUCCACCCAAAAUUAUAAAGAACAAAGCCUUGGCCUUAAGAGCAUCAUAUCCUUUAUAUAUGACCAUUCUCUUUCUUUUGUACAUUUUUUUAUCCUACAAUUAUCCAAUGUUUUAAGGUUUCCUCCAUCCAUCUUCUUAGCAGGAUUAAUGGUUUUUUUUUGGCGUUUUUGCCUGCUAAGGAUUGGAUAUGAUGGAAUGCCUUGCUUUAUCAAGAUACUGAAUUGUAUUAUUGCUUGUUUAUUUGUCUUUUGCUAUAAUUUAAGAAUCAUAUUUUUCUUGUA